AUGGUGAUCUACACAUUAGCUGAUACAUCAAUGGCGGAAGCAGCCAUGAGAGCUUGCAAGCUAUGGAGUAUUCCUUCACUAGACAUGCUCGGACCAAUCACACACGCAAUCUCCUCACACUUGGGAGCUAACCCUUCCGGUCUUUCACGCGGCGUCACAAACUCAUCUCUCAACGAAGAUUACUUCAAGAGAAUCGAAGCGAUCGAGUUCACAAUCAAACACGACGACGGUGCCUUGCCCGACAAUCUUGAGAUAGCAGACAUUGUUCUUGUAGGUGUCUCUAGGACAGGCAAGACACCACUCUCUACUUACUUGGCUCAGAAGGGUUACAAAGUCUCUAACGUACCGAUCGUGAACGGUGUAGAUCUUCCCAAGACUCUGUUUGAGAUCGACCAGCGAAAGGUUUUUGGUCUGAUGAUUAAUCCGUUGGUGCUGCAAGGGAUAAGGGAAGCUAGAGCCAAGAGUCUUGGACUUGGCUCGAGUUUUAAGACUCAGUACUCUGAGUUGAGUUCUGUUAAGGAAGAGCUUGAGCUUGCUAAGAGAAUCUUCGCUGAGAAUCCGACUUGGCCAGUGAUCGAAGUGACAGAGAGAGCAAUUGAGGAAACUGCGGCAGUGGUUUUGAGGCUUUACGACGAGAGACAAGGCAAUCGAGCAAUGCCUCGCAUCUCUAAAUCCUACUAA